AUGUAUGUCCGUUCUUUAGCGGACUCGCUCAGCUUCCUCAAUAAACGUUACUUCCAUGUGUUCGACAGUCGGGUCUUUGCUUGCGUCGCGGCCCAAGGGCGUAGCAGCUCGAAGGUCCUGAACCGCAUCUCGAGGCGGACCAAGCGUGCGCAUAUCAAGUACGAGGGUAUUACUGAUCGAACACUUCUACGCUAUAGGAAGCAAGUGAGCAAUUUCUUCAACUAUUUGCAUGUGCGUGGUCUCCAGCUGCCAGAUAGCAUGGCCCAUCUCGAUUCAGCUGCUGCGGAGUACGUCAACCAUCUUUACAUGGAAGGCGAACCGCACGGGCACGUGCAAGAAUUCGUGUCCGGCCUCCGCCGGCUUCUCCCCAGCUGCCGGAAGCACGUGGACACGGCGAAGCUGUAUUGCUCGUAUUGGGGCCGAGGGCUGAAGCGGCGGCGGGCGUUACCUAUUCCAGCCGACGCCCUGGUUGGGAUGGUUGGUGUGGCUUUCGCCUGCAGCGAGGACCGCGUCGCUGUCAUAUUCCUGGUCGGGUUUCUUGGUCUUCUCCGUACUGGCAAGCUGGUGACUCUCACCCCAAAGCAGGUCAAGGUCAUCGCCGACAAGGCACAGCUCUGGAGGAGUCGCUACGUCCAGCUGGCGGCGUGCUUGGGCGAUGGCGAACUGGCAGAGAGGCUGGCAGCUGCUGCCCCAGCGCAGUGGGAGCUCAUGGUCUCCGAGAACGGGAGCGGCAUCACCAAGCGGAGGCGCAACGUCGCGCUGCAUGCGAAGGUGAUCCCCACCCCGCUGGUUUCCGCCAGCCCCGUGGCGCCGCGGCGCGACCAGCACGGGCCUUGUCUCGGUCACAAGGAGAUCGGCGGCAGGGAUGACGGGACCCAGAUUUCGGAGGUUGAGUUCAAGGGCGAGCAGCAGGAGCUGGAGAGCUACGUAAACCCCAUAAGCCAGGCGGAGUACCACGCCUCGAACUUCGGCGAGUCAGCCGGGAUCGGCGGCGGGACUGUUCCGACCAGGGGCGCCGCGGUGGAGGGCAGCGUCAAGCCCGAUAUGCAAUGCGAGGGGGAGGAGUGGCCCGUCCUCGUCAUCUGCCCCUCCUCCCUGCGCUUCGUGUGGAAGGAGCAGGCCGGGCGGUGGCUGCCCGACCUGUGCGGGGACGGCCGCGUGCAGGUCAUCAAGUCGGGCAAGGAAAGCUUCCGUGAGGACGCCGCCGUCUGGGUGAUCUCGUACAAUUUGUUGGCGGCCGCAUCUGGAGCAAAGUACAUGUCGCGACCGUGCGGAAAUCCGCACCAGUUGGUGAUCUGCGACGAGUCGCACAACAUCAAGGAGUGGAGCGCGAAGCGCACGAAGGCAGCGGUGCAGAUCCUGCAGAAGGCCGAUCACGCCAUUCUGCUGUCAGGCACGCCCACGAGGAACACUCCCGACGAGCUGCACGCGCAGCUGGCUGGCCUCCAGCUGCCAGGGUUGUUCAGUUACGCGUCUUUCCGCAGAAGAUACUGCAUCGAGAAGAACGUCCGUCUCGGGACCGGCCAGGUGUUCAAAAAGAUCACGGGCGCGAGGAACGCGAACGAGCUGAAUUUGAUGUUGACGUCUUCCGUUAUGAUCCGGCAGUCCCCGACUGCAUUCACACAGACGGCACAGCUGCGGGCCACCUGGCGAGCACUCACAGCGUGGCCAGUGAACCAGGCGACGCGCUGGUUGGACUACCCCUGGGCGUACAGCAGCGGCCACGUGUACAUGCUCGUGCGAAGCGCGCAGCUGAUCACCAUGAUCCAAAAUGUUCUGAGCAAUGGACUGGCCCUCGAGCGCGCCAGCGAGCGAAUGCAGGACGACGAUGCGAUCGCGUGGGCGACGGUGCAGCAGGACGGGCAAGGUCUGGCCGUGGCCAGCGCACGGCUGCAGGACGACGAGGCGGUCGCGCACGCCGCGGCAAAGCUGUGCGGGCCACCCCUCGGGCACGCCAACGGGCGGCUGCGGGGCAGCGGCGAGUGGAGCAGAGCAGGCUGGCCAUCGAGCACGCCAGUGGGCGGCAGCGGCCUCCUCGUCCACGCCAGAUGGCCGCCGUGGGACGACGGGGCGGUCGCGCGGGCCGCGCGGAGGGGGUUGGCCGUCGCGCACGCCAGUUGGCGGCUGUGCGGUGACGAGGCAGCCGCGCGGGCUGCGGUGGAGGAGAAGUGGUGGGCCCUCAAGCCAGCCAGCAAGUGA